AUGCGUCCUUCUUCCUUCGCGUCGAGUUCAAGCGCCCUCCCACGGGUCUACUCGCAGACGCCACCUUCCAGGCUACACACGCCACAGAGAAGGUUAGCCUCGACCUUAGUGCGCAAACCAGAAGAACCCGAGGAGCCGGAAGUAUACCGCGACGGUGAGCCGACCAUCAUCGCCACCGAUCAAGCCGUCGCACAACUCCAGAAGGUCGCAAAACGGGAGAACAGUUCCCCCUUGGCACUUCGAGUCGCUGUCGAGCCAGGAGGAUGUCACGGCUACCAGUACAAGAUGGAGAUCACAGAGGAGGUUGAAGAUGACGAUUUCCAAUUCGAGGUGCAUCCGGGCGUGUCCAUCUUGGUCGAUAGCGUCAGCUUGGCACUUGUGCGCGGAAGCACCAUCGACUAUGUCACCGAGCUCAUCGGCUCUCAAUUCGCUAUCAAGAACAACCCGCAGGCUAAAGGCGCAGGUUGCGGCUGCGGUGUGAGUUGGGAGCCUGCCAUCUGA